AUGCCUUCUAGCUUUGUGAGUCUAACUCCGCUCAUAAGAACAGACACAGGGAUAUACUGCCACCUACUAGAGAUAGACAAUGUAAGGAUCCUGGUGAAUUGCGGGGCGCCUUAUACAAUGGACAUGUCCAUAUACACAUCUGUUUUGCCCCAGAUACUUUCCUGUGAUGCCAUUCUUCUAACGAGCUUUGGUGUCAACUAUGUAGGGGCUUUGCCAUACAUCCUUCAGAACAACUAUUACAAUAAGAUAUUUUCCUCUGUACCUAUCAAAGUCCUUGGAAAGAUAUGCUUAGAUGAGCAUCUGAAGGGAAUGGGGAUGGAAGUAGAGGGAUAUACGGCGUGCUUCGAAAGGAUAUCGGAAAUAAAGUAUUCGCAACCAACAGUCAUCGGCAAUGUCGAGAUAUGCACAUAUAAUUCUGGGAAUUCUAUUGGAGGAUGCAUAUACAAGAUAAGCAAGGGUGCCGAGAGAAUCGUCAUUGGGCUGAACAUGAAUCAUCGAAAGGAAAACCAUCUUGAUGGGAUUGGGUUUUCUGGGAUAGGCGAUUGCAGUCUGUGUGUGGUCAAUGGAAACCACGUUCUGGCAGAAAACAUCUCUGUUGCGAAGAGAGACAAUAUGUUUAGAGAGAUUGUCGGAAGUGUUCUUAGCUCGGGAGGCAAGGUAAUUCUCCCAGUCAAGUAUUCUAGGUUCCUGGAGAUUGCUCUAAUUCUUAACAGCAUGAUGGCACAAAGAAAUGAGAGGAUUGUGUGCCUAUCGUACUUUGGGCAGAGGUUUGUCGAAAGGGCAAGGUCGAUGAUUGAAUGGGCUGGAGAGAAAGUUUCUUCCAUGUUUUCUGAGGAGAAGGUCAAUCCAUUUGAGUUUGAGAAGAUUGAGUUUGUGGGGCAUUAUCAGGAUGUCUCUGAGUUUGAUGUGGUGGUUGUUAUUGACGAGUAUGUCUACGGGGGGAUUCUCACAACUGUGCUCCACCAGCUGAACGACGAGAACAAUAUGGUUCUGCUUAUUGAUCCUAGGAUGGACGAGGUUAUUAGGAAGGAAUCUAGAACGAUGAAGUGGUAUAGCUUCAGGCUAGUGGAAAGAAUAGACGAAAAAAGGGGGACAAAUGGAGAAGAUUCUGUAGAAGAUGUUGAAGAUGAUGUGUCUGAUGUGGAAGGGAUUGAGACUGAUUGGUCUGAGAUAAGGCAUGAGGUGUGGUGUGAGAAUGGUGACGAGGUCUUCCCAUCUAUGUCGAGAAGAAGGGCAUAUGACGACUACGGAGAGUACAUGGAUAGGUCAUUAUUUGUCAGCGAGAUUCUUCCUGUGGAGGAGGUGUCUGAGGAAGAGAUGGAGAAAGAAACAAUAGCGGAAGAGAGAGAGCUUGAAGGAGAGGGAAUUGCGCUAAAGUACAGAAUCGAGAAAAUGGAUCUGAUGGGGAUUUCCGAUCUGAAUUCCUGUAAAAUGAUAGUUGAAACCUUAUCGCCAAGGAAACUUGUGUGCGUUGGGGAGGACAGAGACACGGAGCGCUUCCUCUACCAUACUUUCAAGUACAUGCCAUGCUUUGAGGAUGUGUAUGUGUGCAGAAACAAGAUAGUUUUAUCUUCUGAUGUUUCUAUGGGAAUAGUAAAGUUAGAUAAAGGCUUUGAUGAGCUGGAUUAUCAGGUGAUAGCAAAUGACUCUGUAGGGAGCUUUAGAGGGGUCAGAGAUGGAGACACGGUAAGAUGCAUUGGAAGUGGGCCCAGGAUGGUGAUAGGGCAUGCAGACAUCAAUGAAUUGAGAAGGAUGAUUAUUGAAAGGAACAUGAGGGUGGAGCAGGAGGAGAAUGGGCUUCUAGUGGAGGACAGCGUAUGGAUCAGGAUUAAUCCUGACGGAUUGACUAUAGAUGGAAAGGAUACAGGUGUGUUUUAUGCCGUACGAGAUGUUGUGUACAGAAAUUCGGCCCUUAUAUGA